AUGAUUGCCAAGGCGACGCCCGCACUCAACACGGUGCGCGGCUUCCAAAACACCCCCGUCACCUCCGGCGACGAGGACGAUGACUAUGUUGUCGGCGCCGUCUGCGCUACUCCCCCUCUCUCCGUCAAGUCGAGGCGCCCCGCUCGCCCCGGCCGCAUCGACGACGUCGUCAGCGCCAACUGCAGCCCCGUCAUGCGCGGCGCCUCUUCCCCGGCCGUGUCCGGCAUCGCCAAGCUCCGCAUGCAGAUGGAGCCCCUCAGCCUCGACACCUCCUCUCGCACAAGCACCAUGAGCACCGUCGUUACUCGCAACGGCCACGGCGAGAACGGCUUGGGCAUCCGCAGCGCUGCCAUGAGCCGCACCGGAAGCAACGACGGGACCCAGAGUGAGGCCGGCAGCGAGCGCUCUGAGAGCGGCUCCACGAGCUAUGAGAUCAACUUGACGCACGACUAUGUCGACGAGAGCGUGCGCGAGCGCACCGGCAACAUCAUUCCCAUCGAGGGCGGCAACGCGCCUGCGCGCAAGAUGACGGCUGGCGACUUUGAGCCUCUGCGCUGCCUGGGCAAGGGCACGUAUGGAACUGUACUGUUGGUGAAGCAGCGCAACACCGGGCGUCUCUACGCCCAGAAGCAGUUCAAGAAGGCGUCCCUGACGGUGCACAAGAAGCUCAUUGAACAGACCAAGACGGAGCGUCAGAUCCUCGAGUCGGUCAACCGACACCCCUUUGUCGUCAACCUGUACUACGCCUUCCAGGACCAUGAGAAGCUGUACUUGAUCCUCGAGUACGGACAGGGCGGCGAGCUUUUCACGCACCUCAACAUGGAAAAGAUGUUCGCCGAACCCGUCGCGGCCUUCUACAUGGCGGAGAUGCUUCUGGCCAUCUCCUACCUGCACAGCAGCCUUGGCGUUGUGUACCGCGACCUGAAGCCGGAGAACUGUCUGCUAGAUGCCGAGGGUCAUCUACUGCUCACCGAUUUUGGUCUGUCCAAGGUUGCCGUCGACCCCUCCGAGGAUCACUGCAACUCCAUGCUUGGCACCGUGGAGUACAUGGCCCCCGAGGUGAUUAAUGGGCAGAAGUACGGCAAGGCCGUCGACUGGUGGUCCUUUGGCGCGCUUGGCUUCGAUCUGAUGACGGGCAACCCGCCAUUCCGCGGCGGAAACCACGCUAAGAUCCAGCAGAACAUUGUCAAGCAGAAGCUCGUCAUGCCUUACUUCCUCAGCCCGGAUGCGAAGGACCUCUUGACGCGCCUGCUCAAGAAGGACCCCAAGAAGCGCCUGGGCGCAAAUAUGCCCAAGGACCUCCAGAUCAUGAAGGGCCACCGCUUCUUCCGCAAGAUCGACUGGAAGAAGCUUGCCGCCAGAGAGGUCGAGCCCCCUAUCCAGCCGUUGAUCACCGACCCGGAGCUGGCCGAGAACUUUGCGCCCGAGUUCACCGACCUAUCGCUGAGCCCUGUGGUAACCUCCAAAGACCACUGGAGCGCGUUGUCAGGUAAGGAGGACGACCCGUUCGGAGGCUUCAGCUACGUCGCGUCGAGCAGCCUGCUAGAGAGUCACGCUUUUAGAUUCACCACAGAGGUCUAG